GAAUAGGAGGACAUGCAUACGUUGUACAAGCACAUUACAUGUUCAAGCUGUGGAGCAAGUGGAACAGCGAGAGAGACAUAGUUUGAUUUAUGGACAGUGUUGAUGAUUUCGAUGAUGACAAAUGAAAGCAGUGGACAGAUUUUGCUUCUGUUAACAUGUCUCCUAUCUGUUUCCACUGAACUCAUCUGCCCUGACGCCGGUUUCAUUGGCUCUUCAGCAGAGAUGUCCUGCUCCGGGGGAACUAUAUCACACGACUACAUCAACCCAAGCGGUCGUAAUGUUGCCCAAUGCCUACUGACUGGUGAACGGUGUGACGUAGAUCCGUCCAUGUUUACGUCUGUCCUUAACGCCACUCACACUACACUCACCAUAGGACGUGUACAGUUAUCCGAUGCGGGGACAUGGAAAUGCGUUACUGGAUCCGGAGAGGCGACUUGCCACCUGUCAGUUGCAAGUAUACCAGCACGCCAAAUAACGUGUCCACGGGACACUAGUUCCCUGCGCAUUGGCGAGGAUCUGUUACUGAAUAUUUCAAUUUCAAGAUAUUACUGCUCUGAUACCGCCCGGCUUCGGUUACUGAUGGGGAAGAAUGAUAUAACACUCCUCAAUGAAACCGUUAAUGGUACUACAAAGGAAUAUUUUGUCGUCAAACAACGUAUGACAGCUUCACAUUUCGGGAUUGUGAAGCUAUUCUUCGAAUGUGGAAACUUUCGUGAGGCGCUAUUGUGUGAAGGUGUUCAACUACUAAGUCUUAAGUACGAUGACAGUUGUCGCUGUGACGAAACGGGCUCCACACUUGCAAUAGUCAUGGGGAUCGUAAUCAUCGUUAUCAUCGUCCUCCUAUUAGUCAAGAAUCUCAGAAACAAAAACGAUGGAUGUAAGGGGUGCAGCAUCUUACAAGUAGAGAUGUGCAGUAUAAUUAGGUGUCUUCCUUGGUUCAAACGGAAUCCCAACAAUCAGGUUCAAAAACACAUGGAGGCUGACGAUUUACAAAUACAGGUUUCCGAAAAAACAAUGCCUGCUGAAGAUCCAAAACCAGAGGUUCCCCCAAAACCAAUGCCUGCUGAAGAUCAAAUACCAGAGGUUUCCAAAAAAACAGUGCCUGCUGAAGAAACAAAACCCGAGGUUGCCCCCAAACCAAUGUCCGCUGAAGAUCAAAUACCAGAGGAAAUUCACAGCAAGACGUCCAGUUCCACAGAAAGUACAAUCUGAUCGUGCACAAUGAAACCUGGAAAUUAUAUCUGGGUGUCUUUGCUUUCUGCAAGGUACCAUACAUAAUUUUGUAAAUGCUGACACGCUCGAUCGAGCUAGAAGGCUCAGUGGGUAACUCGGCGGUGUUGUUGUAACUAGCCGAGUAAUUACAGUGGUCGCUCGACAGGCCGAAUGCCUGAGUUCAAUUCCCGACAAGAAUUAAAUGUAUGAAUGUAUGUAUGAUGUAUUGAUGGAGUAUUGGUAACAGCGGCCUGACUCCAAACUGACGCACCUUUGCAAGAUUCGUGUGACGCUCUUUGAAAUCCUUGCUAUAUAGCAUGCAAAGAAUACUAUUGAGGAAAUUCAACAUACGGAAAUAUGAUCCAGCAUUAGUCCGAAAAGAACUGUCAUGUGUUGUGUGAUAUGAUUUAACUACUUCAUGAUCAAAAACAUAUUUUGAUAGCAACGUCCAAUCGAAUUACAAUUAGACAUUAACUACAUGGUCCUUUGAAUAUUGUUUAAAUUAGUUUGAUAAACAAAGCAGCAUGCACGAAGUUUACAAAUGUGUUUAUCUGAAACUGACAUGCAUAGUUUGGAAGCCUUUCGGACUGAUGUGGCCCUAUUGGACCCAUCGUUGAACAUGAUACACCAGGUAAAUCUCCCGACUUCUUAAAUAUAGCAGUUGUGAAUAUUGAUAUAUAUCUAUAUCUCUUUUCAAACAUGUUUGAAUUAUGAUUCUAAACUGUUCAAAUACGUAUAGUUACCUAUAGUCUAGUUACCUAUUACGUUUGUUAUAUAUGUACCUACUACUAUUAUAAAGACAGCGACGAUGUUAAUUAUUAACAGAGAUAAUGAUUAGGAUUGAAAUCACAGUCUUGUAUUGGGACUUUCCAAAUAGUCAUUAUAGUCAAAUGCGCGAAGUCUUGCCUUUGAUAUAGGCGUUUUUUAACUUUGUAAUAAUUGUUUAGUACCAAUCAUAUGCUUCUUUUGCAGUAUCUUUAGUCAACAUUUCAUGAAAAGAUAAUGUCCCAACAUAUGAUAUUUAUGCAUCUAUUAGCAAUGGCAAAUUUGACAAAAGUAUACUGAGCAACAAAAGUUCCUGUGACAUUGAAUAAGAUUUCAUGCAAAGUAAUGUUUUUUACCAAAUCUGAAACAAUUUCGGUUUGCAGCAGGUAAAAGACACCUGUUAGUGUUCAAAUGGUUUAUUUUGCCCUACGAACUUCAGAAAAUGCGUGAUUUCAUCCGAAAAAAACAUGAACAUG